AAGUGCACCUGCACACCUGAGUAAAGCCACUCCUUUCCCAGAACACAUCAGAGAUGGUCAAUUAGCUGAAGGAGGAGGUUGUUCUGAAACCUCAGAACUUUAAUGCUUUAAUUUUAUUUUUUGAAUGAACUGAAGGGUUUGAUUUUUUUUAUAAUUAUUAUUAUUAUUYAUAACCUAAAAUUCUGCAGAAGAUUUAAAAAUAUUUUUAAUCCUUUGUACACUGGAGUAAGAUGUGGUCCGUAAACGUGAUGUACCUUCUCCUGUUUUGUUAUGCCUGCCUUUCAACUGGGAAUGGUGCAGUAUAUUUUGUCUCCAGAAACUUUUACAAUGUGCUCCACUGGGACCCUGUGGAACCUGCUUUUCCUGGGCAAAGAAUAUUUUACAGCGUAAUGUACUGGAGGGAUGAUCAGGAAAAAUACCAGGACAAAUCAGAGUGUCAAAACAUUACUGAACCGUCAUGCGACCUGACAGCGGAAACCCCCUCACAGCCUAAUAUUUACUACAGAGCUAAGGUGAUGGUUAAUGGGAGCUGUCUCUACUUCACCACCAGAUUUGAACCUUUAAGAGACACUGUUCUCGGACCACCACGUUUGUCUACACGCACAACAGCGUCUGCCUUGUUUGUGCAUGUCACCCUGCAAGAAGGGCCAAACGGAGUUUCCAUUGCAGASAUCAUCAACUCCAGCAAAGAGGGCUAUUCCAGAGCUGUGCCCGAGUAUAUUUUAAGAAUAACAAAGCCUGAGUGGGCUGCACAGGUGAUUAAAAACGCCGCUGGUCGAUUUGACGUCAAACUGAAGGCCAACCAGACGGAGUACUGCGGUGAUGUCACCUACACACUACGUGAAUGGGGUCGUGCGGACAGUGAGACCGCUACUUUCUGCGUCACUCUGCAAGAUCAUCCUGGAAUGCUUUUACGAUGGCUUCUCGUGAGUCUUGCGGUUCUGUCAGCAGCAGUCAUAAUACUAGUUGCCAGCGUGUGCACCUAUUUGAAGGUCGGGAAGUUAAAAAGAAUGCCACAAGCACUGGCCGCCACACCAGCGAGCUUAAACUUGUUACAGCAUCCGGAUAAGAACCUCAUCAUAUCUGAAAUACUUUCCGUCACGAAAACGGACCAAGCAAUUUACAACACAGUCCAGGUGAAGUCGAAGGUGUCCCCGCACAGGUCUGGAGGUUAUUCCCCUCAGGACACCCCCUGCCACAUCUGCAGGUGCGACACAGACUCUUCCACGAGAACGCCGGAAACGGCCUCCCACUCCGAGGAUGGGAGCGUCCCAUUCUCUGAAAGCUACGGUGCAGUCGCAGUUCAUGGCCAGGCGAAAGACAGGGAAGAGUUCCAACAGCUUGUCUACGACAACAACAUCAAUCCUUCACCUUUCUACACUAAUCAGCAAGGAAACUGGGGGAUAGGUGGGAUGAUCCCAAAGCUGAUUCCAUCCGAAUCCAGUGAGGACAAUCAUACUCUGGUUCUGCACGCUGUAAGGAAUAUUAACGGACAACUCGUCUUGCCUUUAUUCCGAUGUCCAUCAGAGGACAGCACUGGUGACACACCAUCCCAAAUGAACCCAGAGAGGAAACCCCUCUUAUCAGACCUCCAGGGUGUGUCUUUAACAUGUCUGCAGAGGUCAGACAGCUCCGACUGGACGGAUUCGGGMUGUGACGACAGCAUCGUCAACACGCCGACAAACCUUUACUACAACACAACUUAUUUCAUCUCGCAAAAGGCCGGUCCUGAUUUGCGUAACGGAUGUGAGACUUUAGGAUUUAACGACGUYAUAACCGAAUCAGGCUACAAACAAAACUGGGUUCCUGAAACCCACCACAAACUCGAGUCCACCGGCUGGACUUCUAUCGGUCCAAAAAUGGACGAGGAAGUUGAGGAAGACGAAGGCACAAUGAGUAUGGAGAACUCAGAACAAAGUAUUCUGGGACACUGGGACAUAAAAGUUCAAACAUGAGUCCCCACUUUCUAAUCUUUUAGAAAUAUACCUUUGUGUACAACUCUUCACAGCCCUUCUUAUAAACACAAACGACGGGAAGAAGAAGUUGGCAGGAGGUCUGAAGGACACUUCGGCUGUGAGAUGUGCUGCCGACUGUGUAGAAAAAUGGAGUGAACAUUUAUUGCAUUCUUAAAUACAAUAAAUCAUGCAUUGUUGUAUUUCCU